UAACUGUAUUCUGAUAUUUAGCUAAAAAAAAACGAGAUUACUAUUUAGUUAAGUAAGUGAACAGCUGGUAUUUUUUAACACUCAGUUACAUAUUGCACUUUGUCGACAAGUGUCCGUGGUAUAAGCGUGUAGAAGGCUAUCCGUGUUGUGUCAGGUGAAGCGCUUUCCCUUCCCGAAAAGAAAAACAUAUUUCUCCUUUGUGUGACCUGCGUCUGAGCGUCAGCAUGGAUAUGAGAGAGGAGGUUCUGGAUAUUCUUGAGAAGGUGUGGAUCAAACUUCAGGAUCUCCCACAAGCCAGUCCACUGGAGCUGGGAGCCUUCUUUGUGCUCAUCCUGUUUGUUGCCACCUUUCUCUUCAUGAUCGCGCUGUCCUGCGUCCACUGCUGCUGCUGCGGGAAGCCGAAAUACCAGGCCGCCAGAGUACAGCCUCUAGAGACCAUGUUAGGUUGAGACAGAGACAAGAUUCUACCAGUACGUAAAUACAACCUCCUUCAUCCUUCCUUCCAUCCUUCCCAUAAACACCCACGUGACGCAAAAAGGCCUGUAAAUGGAAAUGCUCCUUUUCAGAGUCAUCGAUUUUUUGGAGGCAAUCAUCAAAUGAGAUGCAUAAAGGGAAGGAUGGGGACACAUUUCCAUGACAUUUCCAGCACCGGGAUAAAGACUGAAUCAACAUCCAGAGAGCCACGUCACUGGAAUCCAUAUGAGAGUGGCACGACUCAUCAAGAUUCAAUACGGACCAGGACAAUGAAAACACUGUGUGCUCUUUCCAAGAACAAAAAGCUUCAUGCUUGCAGAGGAGCCAUGGAUGAAAAGAUACAGUAAGAAAGCUAAUUGAAUGUUGCAGUGACUCCAUUAAUUACAAAAGUUAAUGGUUUCAUAUCCUGCUGAUAUUCAUCAGGAAUGUGAAAAACAACACAGACAUUCCCACUCAUGUAUGUAUAUACAGUGUACAUCUUUUCAACUGAAACUAGCUGGUGUAAAAAGACAGAGCGCCCUCUGCUGGCCCACUGAGAAUUGUUUUUUAAAAACUGUGCCAAUGAAAAAUAUGAGAUAUUCUUAUUAUACUGUAAUAUAGUGUGUUUUAUUGUUAUUAAUACUGUUCCUGUUCUUUUUAUUACUGAAGCAAUGCAGUGUUACAUUUGUGGAUGCGACUGAAGCUGUAUGGUUGUACGUUUGGUUGUUCUUACUUGUGUAAAGGUAAUAAAUGUUGAAUAUAUUUUAA